AUGAGCCUACGCCACCGCCCAGGCGGCCCCUUUUAUCCAUAUACCGUCUCGCCGUCAACUCACCACCGCUUCGCAGAUCCCCAUGAUCGGGGUGGUAUCGGAUACCAGCCCAAGACACGCGUGACGGAACGGUACCGUAUCGUCGGCUUCAUCAGCAGUGGAACGUAUGGUCGCGUGUACAAGGCCACCGCCCGCACGCUUGUCUCGGCUGGCCAAGAUGCCCUCGCCACCCCAGCCAAGGAUGGCCCUAACAAGGGCAUCCUGCAGGUAGCCAUCAAAAAGUUCAAACCGGAUAAGGAGGGUGAGCAGGUUAGCUACACUGGCAUCUCCCAAUCUGCAAUCCGUGAGAUGAGCUUGUGCGCAGAGCUGAAGCACAUCAAUGUCAUCCGGCUGGUGGAGACCCUUCUCGAGGAUAAGUGCAUCUUCAUGGUCUUCGAGUUUGCCGAGCAUGACCUGCUCCAGAUCAUCCACCACCACACCACUCAGCCCCCAGGACCCCGACGACCCAUCCCGCCGGCCGUCGUGAAGAGUUUGCUGUUCCAGCUGCUCAAUGGCUGCCACUACUUGCACACCUCCUGGGUUCUCCACCGAGAUCUCAAACCCGCCAAUAUCAUGGUGACGGAAGGGGGACGUGUCAAGAUUGGUGAUCUAGGACUUGCCCGACGCUUCGACAAACCUCUUGCCUCGCUUUUCGGCGGUGAUAAAGUGGUCGUGACUAUCUGGUACCGUGCACCCGAGCUAAUCCUCGGUUCCUACCAUUACACUCCCGCGAUCGAUCUCUGGGCCAUUGGGUGUAUAUUUGCGGAGCUCUUGUCUCUGCGGCCCAUUUUCAAGGGAGAGGAGGCUAAGCUCGACAGCAAGAAGACUGUCCCCUUCCAGAGGAACCAGAUGCAGAAGAUUGUCGAGAUCAUGGGGAUGCCGACCAGAGAACGCUGGCCGUUACUGAGCUCCAUGCCGGACUACAACCAGCUCAGCUCUGUCCGCCCCCCCAACACUGAUCAUCACCAUUCUCAUCAUCACCACCACCACCAAAGUUCCAGGGCAUAUCCCACAACGUCCAGUCUUGAAAAGUGGUAUUACAACACAAUCAACCACGCGGGGACAACAUCAAACCCGUCCAGUUCCGGCUCCAACCAGUCCCCGCUAGCCUCGCUGGGCGCCGAGGGUUACAAACUCCUCGCUGGUCUUCUGGAAUACGACCCCCAGAAGCGUCUCACCGCCGCCCAGGCACUCCAGCAUCCCUUCUUCUCCUCUGGCGUCCUGGCCAACGCCUUUGAGGGUCUCCAGGUCGACUACCCCCGUCGCCGCGUCAGCCAGGACGACAACGACAUCCGCACGAGCAGCCUCCCCGGCACGAAGCGGAGCAUGGCCCAGGAAGACUUCCGGCCAUCUAAGCGGCUCAAGGAGUAG